GGGGUAAAGAUGGGGUUCACCAGGAGAGGCUCCUCUAACUAACAUAACUUCCCACUGACGUGGUCAUUUAUACGUGGACCGAAGGUGUCCACAUGUCUUUUUUUUGAAACGGUCAGGUCUUACUGAUGUUUUAUAUUAAGAUGUCCACAUGUCAACCACACGUUUCUCUGACUGUACAUCAGAGAGUGUUUUGUCAAGAGGAAGACUGGAAGAGCGUAGGGGGAGGAGGAGAAAGGGAUCGUCAGUGUCUUAUUUGGAGAAAGAGGCGUGCCUUGGCUGGGCCUUGUGCGUCCAGGAGGAAGACCGAAUAUAUUUUGGUGCAUUAGAGCUCGAGCACAAGUCGCGCAUGGCGGCGGCGAGCAGAGCACGGCGGUGGAGCCUCGCCGGCAAGACGGCGCUCGUCACCGGCGGCACCAAGGGCAUCGGGCGCGCGAUCGUGGAGGAGCUCGCCGGGUUCGGGGUGAGGGUGCACACGUGUUCACGCCACGACGCCGACCUGCAGGACUGCCUCCGCCGGUGGAACGCCGCCGGCGAAGGUGGCGGCGCGGCGGCGCUCGUCACGGGGUCCGUCUGCGACGUGUCCGUGCGCGGCGACAGGGAGGCGCUGGUGGCCGCGGCGCGCGCCGCGCUCGGCGGGCGGCUCGACAUGCUCGUCAACAACGCCGGCCAGGUGGUCGUCGGCCCGGCCGCGGAGACCGCGCCGGAGGAGUACGCGCGCCUCAUGGCCACCAACCUCGAGUCCUGCUUCCACCUCGCCCAGCUCGCGCACCAUCUCCUCCGCGACGCGGCGGCGGGCGGCGGCGCCGCCGCGAGCGUGGUGAACAUCUCCUCCACCGCGGCGUUCUACGCCGCGCCGCACCUGGCGGUGUACUCGGCGACCAAGGGCGGCAUGAACCAGCUCACCCGGUGCCUCGCCGCCGAGUGGGCGCGCGACGGCGUGCGCGUCAACGCCGUCGCGCCGGGGGCCACCCGCACCGACAUCUGCGACACCAGCGGCGUGGCGCUGGGCGAGAAGACGAGGCGCAGGCUGGCGGACGCCGGCGCCAUGGACCGCGUCCCCAUCCGCCGCAUCGGCGAGCCCGAGGAGGUCGCCGCCGCCGUCGUCUUCCUCUGCAUGCCGGCCGCCUCCUACAUCACCGGCCAGGUCAUCUGCGUCGACGGCGGCCGCACACUUCUGUAGCUAGCUCGUCAGUAAUCAUCAAGAAAAAUAAUAAGAACAGCAUAUUGCCAAAUAAUUUUCCGAACGCAAUUCGGAUUCGGAUUAGGACCGAACACAAUACCGAAUAAUUUUCUCGAUAUUUUUGUUAGUAAUAAGUCUAGCUGCUCAGAGUAGUUAGUUUCCCUUUGUUUUUACGUUGAGUCUUGCACAUGAUCUGUUCAUCAUGUUUGUGUGCAUAGUGGGCUUGACGCACGCUGCGUUCGUGCGGAGUCCGUGGUGUCGUACGUGGUGUGCUCCAGUUCGUGGGAUGACGCGAAGUGGCAAGGAGUGUGGCACGCACAAUUAGGAGGCCACUAUGGCCACGUUUAACUUUCUUGUAAUUUGCUAUUUAAGGUUAAGCUCUAAUCCAGAAAAGCUGCCAGUUAAUGCAGCGCCAAAA